AUGGAUUCGCCUCGACGGGUCCGAAAUCGGGUCGCUUGUCGAAGGUGCCAGCGUAGAAAGAUUCGUUGUGAUGGCGAUUUGCCUUCUUGCGGAUCCUGCCGAAAGGUGGGAGUUGAUUGCGUGAAUGAUGGGAAGCAGGAGGUUCAUCGUCUUUACCUGGCAAAUUUGGAAAACAGGUUGAGAUGGGCAGAGUCUUUGCUCAGAGAAAAUUGCCCUGAUGUCGAUCUGACUUCGGGUCCCAGAGUGUCGGCUGAACAGCCACAGACAGCUGUUCCAAGCAGUCACGGUGUAAUUGAUUCUGGAUUUGCACAAAGCCCGCCUCCAGGUCAACAAUCGCGAACCGAGCCUGUCACUAUUCCUCACGGACAAUAUCAAGAACCCUCGACCCCGGCAAUUCCACGAACAGUCAACGAUGAACCGCAACAAGGACAUGAAAUCGGUCUAGUAUCCCUCUCAUCUGGCAGCGGCCCAUGCUAUAUUGGACCCUCUAGCGGGUAUUUCUUUGCAAAGCGCAUAUUCUCUAGGGCAGAUCGUCGAAGGAAUCAACAAGAGCCGGUAGCGAGCGUGCCAGGGUCCUCGAAUUUACCAACAGAGCUAUUGAAUACACCAGCGACAUUGCCUCCUCGAAAAGAAAAUGCCAUUGAGCUUUCUACGAGAUAUUUCCAAACUAUUCACCUGGUGUAUCCCUUUCUACACGAACCUUCUCAUAUGGAUGCCGUUGAACGUGUUUAUUCGUCGCAAGAAAACAGACCAUCAGACCUCUUCCAGGUAUUCAUGGUCUUAGCUAUCGCUGCUUUGGAUCUGUCUCGCCAGUACAAAGUUCAUCUUCCCGUGGAAGGUUAUUACUCUGCAGCGAUGGAGUAUGUUGAGCAUACUUGUGGUGAUGGCUCUGUGACCGGCCUACAAUGCCUUCUUCUUCUGAUGGUAUAUGCGUUGCACAAUCCAUCUUGCAGUCUCAAUAUAUGGAAUCUGAAUUAUCAAUGCCUCGCAAGUGUGAUUGAUCUUGGCCUACAACGUGAUAUUCGCGCAUCGCCAGAGUUCUCGAUUUCCGUUCUAGAACAGGAGAUGAGGACCCGUGUUUUUUGGGUUGCCUAUACAUUCGACCGCGUCAUAUGCACGAUGAUGGGCCGACCAAUUGGGGUGCGCGAUGAGGCAUGCGAAUUGCGAUUUCCAUUGGACAUUGCAGAUCACGACUUGAUCGUCCCAAAUGACGCUCAGUCGCAGCAUACACAAUCCUCACCACUUGCCUACUCGAUCCAUCUCUUCAAGCUUGCCCGAAUGAAUUCGGAAAUUAAGUACAUUAUGCAUAGCAUCUCUCGUGAUACGCCCGCAUAUGCAUAUCCACCGAUUAGAGAUAUUUCUUCGUGGCAACGGGAUAUGAUCCAUUCACUGCAAGAUUGGCUCUCUCAGAUACCACAGCGAUCGGGCAGCGAUUGUGUCAGAAUGGCCCAACUUUGUAAGAUCAGAUAUCAUGAGAUCAUGAUCUUAUUGUUGAGGCCGAGUCCAGCUAUCCCAGUUCCAUCAGAAGACCUAUUCGAUCUAUGUUUCCACCAUGCUGUCGAUCUGCUGCGUGGCUUUGGAGAGCUUUACCGUUCCGGAAGUCUUCUCUACAGCCGGUUGGUCGUACAUUCUAUCCUCCUAAGUACAUUCGUCAUGCUUUAUUGCAUUUGGAAAGUGCCGUCGACAGCAGCUAAAUGCCGUGUGGAUGAGCUUGCAGCCGACUUUAAUACGUCGCAAAACAUUUUGAGCAGUAUCGGAGAAUACUGGACAGAAGCAAACCGAGCACGCGACUGCGUUGACGAGUUUUACAAUGUCACCCUUCAAAGACUCAUGGGCAAUGACCAAGCAACCGUUUCGAGAUCUUCGCCGACAACUAACAGAAUUCGGCCUCACCUCAGUAAAACUCAUGCUGCUUCAUCCUCGAGUGAAAUCCAUUGUGAUAUUGGUCGAACGAACGCCGAUUAUGGUCAGGUUAAUUCGAAUAUUCACCUACAGCACGAUCACACCGAAAACAUGGCCGUUGCUCACGAUCAUAUUAACUUAUUCGACGAUUUUCUACAAGGCGGUUUUCAAGGUUGGAGUGGCAUGCCGGAUAUCGAUGGCCUUAUGUGGGAGUUUUUUCAUUGA